GGCACAUUGGCAGUGACACUGUGACGGGUGACAGUACGAACGAACCAAAUUGAACCGAUCUCACAGUCUGAAGAUGGAAGUAAAUCGACGUAACCAAAACUAAUUUGAUUUGGAAAUGUCUGUCAAACAAACAAAGUACUUGUGAUAUAGAUAUACGGUUAUAUUUAGUAAAAAAAUAUAUAAACUCCAUUUACAUCUGAAGGACCGUAUUCCAUGCAGACUAUCGCCGUUCGGCGGCCGCGAGCGACGCAUUACCAUGACUUCGGUCUGUUACAAUGGGGCCAAUGAUAGACUCAUACAUGAGGCGGAUCAACUGAUUUCUUACAUAGAACGAGGGUCUACGGUGCUAAAGUUUUAUCCUCGAAAAAGGCCUGAGCGGCGCACCCUCACAGUGCGAAGAGAAACGCACCAGGUGAUUUGGUAUCGCAAUGGAGCUCCUCAGAGGCACGCGUUUGAAGGAGCACUCGAUAUUAGGGAUGUAAAAGAAGUCAGGGUGGGAAAGUCGUCGAAGGACUUCGAGAGAUGGCCUGAGGAACUCAAGAGACUGGAGCACUCCAAAUGUUUUACGAUAUAUUACGGCACCGAGUUCAAAUUGCGCUCUGCGUCCUUUGCAGCACAAACCGACAAGGAAUGUGAAGCUUGGGUAAAGGGAAUUAGGUUUCUAGUCGAAGAGGCAGUCAAUGCAUCAUAUCCACUGCAAAUUGAGCGCUGGUUGCGGAAAGAGUUCUACGCAAUUGAAAAUGCACAAGAAAAGAUAACCCUGAAGGAAGUGAAAGCAUUCUUACCAAAAAUUAACUGCAAAAUAUCAACCAGUAAAUUGAGAGAUAUCUUCCAAGAGGUAGACACCAGCAAACGUGGAGAAAUCGGUUUCGAUGACUUUUCUAUUUUGUACCACAAGUUGAUAUUUGAUGAAAAUAAUGUCAACGAGAUAUUUGACAAGUGCUCACUGUACUGCGCGAAUGUUACGACGAUUACACUGCGAGAGUUCCAGAGGUUUCUCCUGGUGGAACAGCAUGAUCGUAUGGGUGACGACGAGGUGCGCGCCUCACAGUUCAUCAGGGACUACCUCCGAGACCCUCAGAGAGACAUCUACGAGCCCUACUUUACCUUAAAUGAGUUCAUUGAGAUGUUAUUCUCGAAACAAAACACAAUUUGGGACAGCAGACACGGAAAUGUGACGCAGGACAUGACUAAACCACUGUCACACUACUGGAUAUCGUCUUCACAUAAUACAUAUUUGACUGGAGACCAAUUUUCGAGUGAAUCAUCUGUGGAAGCUUACGUGCGGUGCCUUAGAUCAGGUUGCCGCUGUAUAGAGCUCGACUGCUGGGACGGACCCGACGGCACUCCGUUUAUAUACCAUGGCCAUACGCUUACCACCAAAAUCAGGUUCAUGGAUGUGCUCCGCACUAUAAAAGAACACGCAUUUUUCACAUCCGACUACCCCCUAAUUCUAUCAAUUGAAGACAACUGUUCUCUUCCUCAACAAAGACGUAUGGCCAGUGCCUUCCAAGACGUCUUCGGCGAAAUGCUCUUAACACAACCGACAGAGAAAAACGAGUCUAGUCUGCCUUCCCCUCACGAACUGCGACGCAAAAUCAUAUUGAAACAUAAAAAGCUGCCUGAAGGCGCGGAAGAAAAUUCUUUCGCCGUACGCCAAGAAGAAGGCAAGGAUUUGGACUUGCGGAAUUCGAUAAAAAACGGCAUACUGUUACUGGAAGAUCCAACUGAUAAUGAGUGGUAUCCGCACGCGUUCGUGUUAACGGAGAAUAAAUUGUACUACACUGAGAAUUACAGCACUCAAGUGGAAACUGACGCGGAUAGUGACGGGGAGCCCGAUGUGGAUACUAGUUGCAGCGUGCCGCAAGACGAGUUGCACUUUGGGGAGUGCUGGUUUCAUGGCAAGUUGGCCGGGAACCGACAAGAGGCGGAAGAUCUGCUGCGAGCUCAUGCUCACCUCGGGGACGGCACCUUCUUGGUGCGAGAGAGCGUCACGUUCGUGGGUGACUACUGCCUGUCCUUCUGGCGCCAGGGCAAGGUCAACCACUGCAGGAUCAAAUUGAAGCAAGAACGCGGAGUCAUCAAGUACUAUCUGAUCGAUACCGUAUGUUUCGAUAGCUUGUACAGUCUGAUAACGCAUUACAGGCAACAUCCACUGAGGAGUCAGGAGUUCCUGAUAACGCUGAAGGAGCCAGUCCCUCAGCCGAACAAACACGAAGGCAAGGAUUGGUUCCUGUCCAACUGCUCGCGGGCGCACGCUGAGGAGCUCUUGCGCAAGGCCAAUACCGACGGGGCGUUCCUUGUACGACCAAGCGAAAAGGAGCAAGGGUCGUUUGCCAUCAGUUUCAGGACCCAAAAAGAGAUCAAGCAUUGCCGGAUAAAGCAAGAAGGGCGCCUGUACACUAUUGGCACGGUCAAGUUCGAGAGUCUAGUCGAGCUGGUGUCUUACUAUGAAAAGAACCCCCUCUACAAAAAAGUUAAACUGGAGUUCCCUAUCAGUGAAGACAUUGUACGGAGAAUAAUAAGCGAACCUGACGAUAAUUCCGUGUAUGGCACUCCGGGGUAUAUGGAUCCCACGUCGUUUAGAUCAAAAGUGACAGUGAAAGCGCUGUACGACUACCGGGCAAGGCAGGACGACGAGCUGUCGUUCUGCAAGCACGCCAUCAUUACCAACGUGGACAAGCCGGACGAGGGCUGGUGGCGCGGGGACUACGGCGGCAAGAGGCACCACUGGUUCCCCGCCAAUUAUGUGCAAGAGAUCGAGUCCAAAAUACCGGAACUCACGGGUUCCCGCGAGAGCGAGUCUGCGGCCUUGGGGUCUCUUCAGAAGGGUGUAGUGGAUGUCCUCGGGGCAGUGGUAGAGCUGGUAGUCGGCGAGGAGAGCGGAUCGGCGCGCUGGCUCGUGCGCAUACAGAGCUCCUCCAUGUGCCAGCCCUUCGAUAUGGCCGCACCCACACGCGAGAUCGCCCUCGAGUGGCUCUCCGCCAUCAAGGAGGCAGCACACAGCGCCAGCGCGCGCUCGCUCCAACACCGUAAGAUGGAGCGCACCUGGCGCAUUGCCAAAGAAAUGUCCGACCUCAUCGUCUACUGCCGCUCCGUCGCGUUCAACCAAGACCGCCUCCGAAACAAAGGCUUCAUCUUCAACGAGAUGUCCUCCUUCCCAGAAACGAAAGCCGAACGGCUAAUGUGCGUCCAAGAAAACCAAUUCUUCCUCAGGUACCAUACGAUACAGCUCAGCCGAAUAUACCCCAAAGGUCAGAGAAUUGACUCCUCCAAUUACAACCCAGUAUCUUUUUGGAACACCGGAUCACAGAUGGUCGCGUUGAACUAUCAGACGCCGGACAAGCCUAUGCAGAUUAACAUGGGGAAGUUUAAAGAGAACGGCGGAUGCGGGUUUAUUCUGAAACCUGACUUCAUGUUCGACGAAGGGUACAAUCCGUACGACAAGCGGAGUAUAGAGAAGAAAGUGAGUCCCGUGACAGUGAUGCUGCGUGUGAUCGGCGCCCGGCACCUGUGCAAAUCCGGCCGCGGCACAGCCAGCCCCUUCGUCGAGGUCGAGAUCAUAGGCGCUGAAUACGACAGCGGGGUUAAGCUUGUCACCAAGACUGUCACGGACAAUGGAAUUAACCCAAUCUGGAACGACAUUUGCGAGUUCGAGGUAGCUAAUCCGGACCUAGCCCUUAUCAGAUUCUUAGUGCAAGACGAGGAUAUGUUCGGAGACCCCAACUUUAUCGGCCAGGCGACGUAUCCUUUCAAAUGCCUGCGCACGGGUUAUCGCAGCGUUAUUCUUAACAACAGCUAUUCCGAAGAGCUUGAGUUAUCAUCCCUGUUGGUGCAUAUAUGUCUUAUACAAAAUCGUUAACAUAUUUUUUAUUUAGAAAAAUGAUCUGACGUAUGAAUAAAGUAAUAAAUAGUAGGUGUUAGCAAUUGGAAUAUUUUAGCUCCAAUAACUGACUGGCUCCUCUGUUGGUUUGACUGUCGCGCUUGACAGCAAACUAUCAGUUGAGAGUAUAUUUAAAAAUUGAUGGCGACGUUGAAUAUUGAUGACUAAUGUGGUAGGUAACAUCUGAUUACUGAGAUUCUAGAUGUUCGUGGUGUUAAUGUGGUGACUGCGUGUUCUGUAAUGAUGUAGGAACGUAUUCUCCCCUAAAAUGGCUAUUACAUAUGCCGAGGCUUUCCGGGCUGUUGUCGUAAUAAUAAGUAUUUACAGUCACAAUGAAUCUAAAUAAAAUAGUUUUUAACAAUUAACGACGCAGCUUCAUAUCGAAAGUAAAUCAUUUCUAAAUGAGUUUAACAAAUAGAGAAGUGUGUUUACUGUUUAGUUGUCUACCGUAUACAUAUGACGUCUUCCUAUUAUUCAAUAAUUUAAUAAUUCACGUUUACAAGAUCUUUAUAUGCAUUUUCUGUAACUUCCAUUCGUAGACUGAUCUCUAUCCUUUAUUUUUUACUUAUUGUGGCUAUAGGUGUUUAACUUGUUUAUACAUUAUACGUAUCACGUAACCAAAUAGUGACUGAUAUCACAAAUUACAUUUUCUAAUGUUGGUCUGAGUUAGUCUUAGAUAUGUUUUCCGUAAAAAAUAAGUUAGAUAUAAUUUUUUUAUGUGGUUUGUAGGAGAAACAUAGUUUGCAAUAACUUGACAAUUUGUGCAUAAUAUAGAGCAUAUGCUACGGGCAAUAUGGCAGCUAGUUAUUUAAGGUGCAGUAGCAUAAUUAUUGGUCGAAUGAAAUAUUUUAUAACAGGAUAUUUUAUAUAUUUUUUGAAUUGGAAAUAAUAUUUUAUAAUACAAAAAGCAAUGCGAUUUAAUUAUAGUAUAAUGUGUGCACCCACUGAGACUUUACGGUAAAAUUCUAAUUCUUGUAUUGCUUUAUCAUCGCUCCCUCAUUCUUGUGAGUAGUAAAAUGUUCUAGUAGACAUAGGGAAUAGACGGUGCAAUUAAACUUUUUUUCAUCGCUUUAUAGUUAAAUCUACGUAAGCGUCUUAUCGAAAACUCACAUUUGGAAGUAUUUUUUUUAACAAAUUAUGGUCUUAAUUUUGACGUGGGUUUUACUAUGGUCGCUUUAUGGAAGUUGAUACAUAACAUAAAGUUGUUGGAAAUGUUGCCUACAUGUACAUACAUGUAGACAUUAACCUUGUAUAUUGAUAUUGUGUGCGCUAAAUUGUGCAAAAAGUGCCUUAUAUAUACAUAUAUGCAUUUGUACCUGGAAACUAGACGCACAGACGAACAGUUGAUAGACUUUGAUCAAAAGGCAGCAUAAUAAUAAUGUGAUUAUAAUAUCAUUAUAUACCUAUUUAUACGAAAUAAUCGCCAAGUAUGGAUGAAUUUACAAGUGAUGGAUCAGAGGAUACAAAUAGUCUCAAACGGCCUAAUUAAUCGCAAUCAAAUAUAUAUUAUAAAUAUUUACAUCUAUGUUAAAUAAACUUUGUUCUCAUAGCUUUUGUUUCGAAAAAAUAUAAAUAAUAUCCGUCCGGAAAGGACAGUUUAUUUUUCCACGAAAAAAAUAUAUUCUUUGACUAUUAACUAUCAUGACUCGCAUGAGUCUAAAUGUAUGACACUGGGUGCUGGUUCCAGCAGUAUUCUAAUUUUAGUUUAAAUUGCGUAACUUCAAAGAAUUUUCUUACCCUCCGAAAUGGAAAGGGACGUGAAAACAAUAUUGUACACGUCAAUUUUAUGCAGAACAGCUUGCACACGUCAAAUGGGUUGCAUACCUACCACCGAGAUUCCUCCGGUUAUCUGUAAUUUUCGGUGGAUAAUAAAAUGACAGGUAGGCAUAACAUAAAAUUAGGUAGUCUGCUGGAACCAGUACUGUAAACGACUGUAAUGUAUACCAACACAACUUGUACACUACAUUUAGAGCAAAUAAACGAAAUUCAUUUUUUUUCAUACCUCACAUAAUAUGUUGUAGAUAGUGCCAGCCAGCAGUGGGAGCAAUUAGGCUAUAAAAUUGUAUAGUAAAUACAUUUAUUCACUUUAUCGCAUAUAUUUAUUAACACCUAUAAACUUGUUACAUUUGUCUUGCUCUAUUUUUUUGUAAUGAUUUAUUGAAAUGACUGCAUUUAUUUUCCUCUUCACAGUUUUAGUUGUUUCAGCGCAUAGUGCAUCUGUUAUAACAUCGCUUAGGUAUUAUAGGCUAUAGGACGUUACUGUAACAAUAGCGGUGGCGGGCGUAUUUCAAAAUGUGUCAAGAGACAUCUUGUUUUGGACUUUUCUGUUCAAUGAAGGACUUUCCAGGCUACGUUGCCUUCGCUUAAAGUUUUAAUUUCAUGGAUAACAAACAUAUGCAUCUUUUAUCUUUGUUUUUGGGUAUAAAUGAUGGAUGGCCCUUGUUAUUACACCCAGGCACAACACAUAUCCCACCCAUUAUUAUUCUGAUCAAAAUAAAGAGGAGCAAUAUAGGUACCUAGCAAGUAGCAACAUAGUCCUAUACUAAUCUGAUCCAAAUAUCAAGCAACAUUACAUUUUUGAAUAAUUAUGUACCUACUCGAGCAAUAAGAAAAUAGGUAUUUAUCACGUUAAGUCUGUACAACGCCAUCUAUUUUUUUGGAACGUAGCCUGAACAGUCCGUCAUUACCUGUACUGUCAUAAAUAAAUUAAGUUUUAGUUCACAUUUUGGCUACCGGCAAAUUGUUUUAUUAUAUUCGAAUACGUAAAUUAUAUGUACGAUGAUCUUGUAUUUUCGAAUUUCUGUCGUAAUCUAAGUUGUCUGUUUAUAGAGUAGCUUAGUUAGUGCCAAUGUUUUAUUGUAUUUUGGUACUAUCUAUGUUUAUAUUAAGAAAUGUAUGCGUUAUACGUAAAAGAUUUUUAUGAUGUUACUAUUAUUAUAGGGUUUAUUUCUAUACACCCCUAAUGCUUUGUAGGAUCAAUGAAUGUGGUUCCGUGAAUUUAUCUCAAUACAAAAUUGAGAUCAAUGGAUUCUUAGCGAUAUUCAUAAUAAUUGGCGCAUUGAUAGUGUAAUAUAGGAUGGGCGCGGUAAUCAAACACGGGAUCCAGAUAAUGACUGCUUUAUUAUCUCUCUGCAUUCGAGGGUGAUCACAUAAUAAUUAAUUUGAUCGGCAGUAUUAGGGGCGGAUAAAAAUGAAACUUAUAUUUGACGUAUUGAAUUUAAUGAUUAUUAUUAUACAUGGCUAUAUUUUAUUCAGAAUGAAAAUAAAACACAUUUUUUA